AUGACGACGCGACAAGCUGCUCUGUCGCUGUACCGUCGCUCAUUGAAGCUUGCGUUGGACUGGGCUGUCCAUCGCCAUCUAUGGCGAGGCCAAGCGCUCUAUAUUCGAUCUCUGUUUGAGGCCAACCGCAAGGUCUCAGACCCUCGACAACAGAGAGCGUUAUUGGCAGAGACAGAAAAGUUACUAGAGAGCUGGAAGCACCCAGACCCGUACAUUCCGCCAACAGCCCCGGGAGGAUCCAAAUUCGAACGAAACCUUCCUUCUCCGAUUCUAGAUCGAGAGAUUCCAUCUUUUAAGCUGUUUGAAAGCGAAAAGACUCUGGCUUUCCUCGAUGUCGGGCCCAUCAGCAAAGGCCACGCUCUUGUCAUCCCCAAGUUCCAUGGCGCAAAGCUAGCUGAUAUCCCCGACGAUCAGCUCUCUGAGAUUCUGCCUACUCUCAAGAAGCUAGCGGUAGCUUCUGGAGCAACCGAUUACAAUAUUCUUCAGAAUAACGGAACCAUUGCUCACCAGCAGGUGCAUCAUGUUCACUUCCACAUGAUCCCGAAGCCAAAUGAGACAGAGGGCCUUGGCAUCAGCUGGCCUGCGACGUCUGGCGACAUGGAAAAGCUCAAAGCGCUUUCCGAGGAGAUCAAAUCCAGGAUGUAA